UAAUAAGCAUAUUUGAAAUAAUAAUUUGUAAAAAUGUCAGACAGUGAUAGUUCAAGUCUCCAUGAAAAAGGAAGAGAAAGCUCAAGCAGUAGCCCUGGUGGUAGUAAAUCAAGCAGACAUCGUAGAAAAAGAUCCUCUAGUUCAAGUCAUUCUAAAAAAUCUGAUAGGAGAAAGAAAAGUACCAGCUCAGAUGCAGGAACCUACGAAAUCAGAGUUCAAAAUCUAACUAAAAACGUACUAAAAGAGCAUCUAGAUGAGAUUUUCUCCCAUUGUGUGAAAGUAAAGACCGUUGACCUAAAUAUCUCCAAAUAAAGAGGCUUAUAUAACCUUAAACACCCCUGAAGAAGUAAAAAUUGCCAUUUCAACCAUGAACGAGGGUCAAAUUGAUGGAAGCCCCAUAAAAGUUGCAGAAUCUGAGAAAUCAAAAAGAGAAAAGAAAAAAUUCAAAGAAGACGACCUAAAAGACACUCUCAAAAGGAUCGAGUCCAGAAGAAAAGAACAAAGAAAGAGGGACAAACCAAGGUAUGAUGACAGAAGAAGGAGAAGACAUAGGUCAAGAUCUAGAGACAGGAAGAAGAGGAGAGCCUCCUCUUCCUCAUCCUCAUCUUCGUUUUACUCUUCAUCCAGAAGGAGUUCAUCCAGAUCUUCUAGAUCUUCGUAUUCAAGGUCCUCUAGUAGUAGUAAGAGCAGGAGAAGGUCGAGGUCUUAGAUCAGUAAAGGGGACUUAAAUUGUGAAGAGGUCAAAUUGAGGUGACUAAAACAUAUUCAAUAUUGGUGUUC